GUAUGAUCAACGUGAACAUCGGUGUUCUGGGUCAUGUCGAUGCAGGAAAGACAUCCCUGUGCAAACUGUUGAGCACAACUGCCUCCACCGCUUGUUUCGACAAAAAUCCGCAGAGCCAAGAAAGAGGCAUUACGUUGGAUUUGGGAUUUUCUGCUUUUGAGAUGGACUUAGGAGAUGAAACGGUGCAAGUGACUCUGGUAGAUUGUCCGGGCCAUGCGUCCCUCAUCCGGACGAUCAUUGGAGGAGCAAAUAUCAUUGAUAUGAUGAUCCUCGUAAUCGAUGCUCUUAAGGGUAUUCAAACUCAAACUGCUGAGUGUAUCGUUAUUGCCGAAAUUCUGAAGCAAAGCAAAGAAAGCUUACCCGUCAUUGUAGCAGUUAACAAAACUGACCUUUUCCCAGACCAAGUCAAACUCGAAAAAGUUCUCAAAAAGUUGGCUUUGACCUUCAAAGAAACUUCGCUGGGGACGAACGUCACAAUGGUUCCUUUAUCAUGCAACACCGAAAAAGACAACGAUAGCUUGGUGAUAAUGAAAGAGAAGCUACAGAUGUGCAUAAGUAAUCAGUUGUCGCAGAUCAAAUGCAGUCGCCAGAAAAGUGAAAAACAAGACUUUCUUUUUGCUGUCGACCAUUGCUUUCAGAUAAAAGGUCAGGGCACGGUUUUAACCGGAACAUGCCUCGCUGGCGAAGUAUCUAUUAACGACAAAGUCGAGAUUGCUAACAUUUCUCUGGAGAAAAAAAUUAAGUCCAUACAAGUUUUCAAGAAGCCAGUGAAUUCUAUCAGACGCGGCGACAGGGCUGGUUUAUGUGUGACACAAUUCGAUUCGUCUUUGCUAGAGAGAGGCAUAGUUUCAUUCCCGGGGGUAUUAAAGUCUUUACAUGCUUGUAUAAUUGCCUUGAAAAAAGUCCGGUUCUAUAAAAGUGACAUAUCAUCUAAUCAGAAGUUUCACAUAGUAGCUGGAUACGAAGUUGUAAUGGGAAAAAUCACUCUUUUUUCAAGCUCAGAACAAUCUUUUUCUCCCGAUAGCCAAUUCGAGUUUCUCUCCAAUACCGAUGAGCCCACCCCUAAUGAGGAGCAAACUAAUUGCCGAUUAGCCUUCUAUGGGUCUCCUGUGUUUUCACUACACGAAGAAAAUUAUGCUACAUCAGUUUUACCAAACCUCAAAGUUUUCAAGAAAAAAUCGAAAGAAGGUCGAAUUGAGCGGAUAUUUUCGGAUGAUGUGGUUAUAUGUAAACACUUGCUCAAGAAAGAAAGUAGCAUCGAGAAGUUUAUACAUUUAAAAGUGGUUUUUUCUACUGGCGAUGAGGGUGUUAUAAUCGGGACAUUUGGGCAAGGUGGUAAAGUUAAAGUUCAAAUCAAAGGCGGUGUUUCGGAAAAGAUAAAAGUUGCUUAUCCUACGAAAAAGGGUAGAAAACAGCAGGGCGAUGGUCCCAUUGAUGACGAAUCAGAAGUAAAAGAAGAUGCCAUCAAAGUUGUUUUGAACUUGAAAAAGUUCAUUUUUACAACACAAUCCAAAAUUGUACAAUAA